CAGGUAAUAAGGGCCGACAAUUUUCGUCCCAUAACCUUUAUUUGUGUCAAUUGUUGGGAUGAACAAAACAACAUUAUCAAUUUAUAUUCUCUCAAUUAUUUGGUUAAAUGUAUGAACUGCCCCAUACAUUAUGUUGGAAGAAGAAAUUGUAAGAAACCGGAGCCAUUCCAUAGAUGGUAUCCCUUCACAACUUGAUCCUGAAUACUUCGAUGACGAUGGUCGUCCUAAACGAACAGGAACAAUAUGGACAACAAGCUCUCAUAUAAUAACAGCUGUGAUUGGGUCUGGGGUGCUAUCCUUAGCAUGGGCUACUGCACAAUUGGGUUGGAUUGGUGGUCCUUUGGCGAUGAUUCUUUUCAGCCUCAUCACUUUGUAUACUUCAUCAAUGCUAGCUGAAUGUUAUCGUUGUGGAGAUCCUGUGUAUGGAAAGAGAAGCUAUACUUUUGUGGAUGCAGUUCGUAGCAUUCUUGGCGGGCGCCAAUACACGGUUUGUGGAAUAGUUCAGUACAUGUAUCUUUAUGGCAGUGCAAUAGGAUACUCGAUUGCAGCUCCCAUCAGCAUGAUGGAAAUAAAAAAGUCUAGAUGUCUCCAUUUAUCAGGAGGAAAAGAUCCAUGUCACAUUUCAAGCAACCCAUACAUGAUCGGUUUUGGAGUAAUCGAAAUUUUCGUUUCUCAAAUUCCAGAGUUUCAUAAUACGUGGUGGCUCUCAGUAAUAGCUGCAAUAAUGUCUUUUGGCUAUUCCACAAUUGGCGUCUUUUUAGCAAUUUCUCAAACAGCAGAAAAUGGUACCUUCAAGGGUACUCUCACUGGAGGAAGCACUGAAAAUGUGUCAACAACAACAGAAGUGUGGGGAAUUUUCCAAGCUCUUGGUGACAUAGCCUUUGCUUAUUCAUACUCUCAAAUUCUCAUUGAAAUUCAGGACACCAUAAAAAGUCCACCAUCCGAAAUAAAAACGAUGAAGAAUGCAGCAGCUUUAAGUGUUGCUGUCACUACAGCAUUUUAUUUGCUUUGUGGCUGCAUGGGCUAUGCUGCAUUCGGAGAACAAGCACCAGGGAACUUGCUCACUGGAUUUAGUAUGUACAAUCCAGCCUGGCUCAUCGAUUUUGCGAAUGCUGCCGUCGUAAUCCACCUUGUGGGAGCAUACCAAGUAUAUGUUCAACCUGUCUUUGCCUUCGUAGAGAAAGGAGCAGCAAAAAGAUGGCCCCAAACAAAAGUGGAACACAAAAUUCCAAUCCCGGGUUUUCGUCCUUACAAUCUAAAUCUAUUUAGAUUAGUUUGGAGAACAGCAUUUAUGAUCCUAACUACUUUUGUUGCAAUGUUGAUUCCUUUUUUUAAUGAUGUUCUGGGAUUUCUUGGAGCAGUGGGAUUUUGGCCUUUGACAGUUUAUUAUCCAGUGGAGAUGUAUAUCUUGCAAAGGAAGAUCCCAAAAUGGAGUCCUAAAUGGAUUUUGUUGCAAAUCAUAAGUGUUAUAUGCUUUAUUGUAUCGGGUGCGGCUGCUCUUGGCUCAACCGCCAGUAUUAUAGAGGACCUAAAGCAUUACAAGCCAUUCAGCUCAGAGUAUUGAGCCUCACAAGCAACAUCUACUGCCUCCUUUGUUUGCAAAUGAGAAAAGCUGUUGCGGGCAAAGGUGGUUGUGGUCUGUUAGUCUGUAUAUAAUUGUAUGUAUUGUAUAUAGAGUAAUGCAAUGUCAAUAUUACAUUUUCCUUAGAAUCUUCAAUUUUACAUGCGAAUA